AUGCAUUUACUCCCCUCGGCCAAAUGGUUCCUCGCGGCCUUCCACGCAGCUGUAGCUGUCGCUGCGAAUUCGGGAAUUGUCGAGGUUGACCUGGUAUUUCCGCGCAACGACACCUACGCUCCGACAGCCUGGUUCCCUAUUGUCUUCGCCGUCCGGAACUCAAGCCUCGCGCAGCGAAUUUCUCCAGCAGCGAUCCUUACUUUGAGAGUCGUGACCGUCAGGCAGCAAAGCUGCCUCGCGGAUGAGUCCAGCCUGGCAAAUUACCACGUUAAGAAUGUAAUCUCAAACAACACGAUACGACUCAUCACGUUUACCAUCAAGAACGCGGCUCAGGAAGUCGAUCUUGUCUCUGCAACGAAUAAAGACGACGUCUGCCUCAGCGCGCAAGGCGUCGCCAUCAAUAUCACCGAUACCGUCGAGGGCCUGCUCGGGAGGCAGUGGUGGGGUGUCGGUGAUACCUGCGCGGUAGUGGCAUCUCCUACUCCUACCGCGAACCCUUGCCAGAUCAAGCUGGAUUCGGCCACUGCGGCGAGGAUAUCCGCGUCAGUAACAGCUGCGGAGUGCCGACUCUCAAACCCGACCAUUGAUUGCCCCUCCGACGAUGAGGACAAGAAUAAUGCUCAGCGUUUGGCUGUUGGAGCCAUGUCCUUGGUAGCAGUCGCUCUUGGAGCGUUGGGUUUUCUUCUGAUCUGA